CCGUAACCUACACAUCCCACACAACAAAUAUGGUUGCGCUUAAUACCACAAAGCGGAAGUUCGCAAAACUCUUGGACAAUUUGACUUCGUCGUCUCACGAGUCGACCACCUCCUCAUCUGAACGCAAUGUGUUAUCAGCAACCUCUGUAAUGCGUACCGAGCCUCCAACAAAGCGCUCUCGUUUAUCGGAUGUAGCAGCAGCAAACACUCAUGACCUACCUUCUACGCCAAGCAGUGUCUCCUCUAGAGCAUCGUUGACCCGAACCCAACUGUACACUUUGAGGACCCAGGAAAGGCAACAGAAUACCCCGAGUAGCAUCAAGUUGAUCAAGGCGGGAGCGGCAGCACAGGUCAGCCCAGGCGCCGCGCGAAAGCCACCGUACUACGCGCCAUGGAGCCAAGAACAAUUUCUCGCGCGCCUCAAAACCUUUGCGGAUGUCAAGCUUUGGACUUCAAAACCAGACCGGAUCAGUGAGAUGGAGUGGGCAAAGAGAGGAUGGAUUCUGGAUGGCUGGAACACGGUGGCAUGUAGAGGCGGCUGUGAGCAACGCUUAUCAAUACGACUCAGACUUAAGAGGAAAGAUUCGGAGGGAAGAGAGAUUGAUCAGACGGAAGACGAGCUACUAGAUGUCGAAGAUGAGCUAGUGGAUAGGUAUGAGGAGUUACUUGUCACAGCACAUACAGAGACAUGUUUGUGGAGAAAAUCUGGUUGCAAAGGUGACAUAUAUCACAUUCCCCUCGCUCGACGUGGAAUUUGCGAACAAGCUCUCAAACUUCGCUACAACUCGCUCUUGACCAUCGCAGCCUCGCUUCCUCCACUUGAUAGCCUCUGCCUCCCCACCGAUGAUUUACCCGCCGUACUGAUCGACAUCUUACCGCAGUCUUUUUUCACAACUAUCGACAAGAGCGACACCAGCGAGCCUCCGUCGCCGACACCUAACCUACCCGCCCUUACCCUCGCCCUCCAUGGCUGGACAGGUACAACCCAAGAAACUCUUCCUCUCCUUCUCUGCGAUCAUUGCUUCCAGCGCGUCGGCCUUUGGAUGUACACCACCGAACGUAUGCAAGAGAUGAGCAAGUCACUGGAUAUACCACUUUCGCACCUGCGGUUGAAAGUCGCCGAGACUCACCGCGAGCACUGCCCUUGGCGGAGUGGAACAACACAACACAAUCCAUCCGUUGGUCAACUUGCCGGACUCAGUGCUUGGGAGACAGUGCUAAGCACAUUGAAGCGCACCACCAGAUCUGGCGAUAGGAGAAGCAGCGUAGAGAGCAGGCCUCAAACCCCUAUUGGGAAAGGCAUAUCUGGUGAUGGACCUGAUGGCGAGGAUAAUGAGGUACUUGAGGAAGUUUACUUGACAACCGCAGAACUUGAAAAGCUAGAUCGCGAGCGGACAAACAAAUGGCAGAAACUACGGGCACGCAUGAGUUUUCGUCGACGCAAGAGUCUGAGCGGGAGAGAUGUUGGCGGAAAGAGUACCGGGACGCCAAGUAUGAAAAGUAGGCCAGAGACGCCGGCACCGACGAGCACGCAAGUGGAUGGCAGGAAUAGUGUUCCUGGAACUCCGACGCCUGCGUGAGAAUGAUGAUUGCCCAAGUGGAGAAUCCAUGAUUUGAGGGAUAGGGGGUAAGACGGUCUGAAGCCCGAUAGACUGGCAGAAGCGUGCAUGUAAUAGCAUAUCGGUGCAACGAUAGCUUGGUUAGCCGAAGGUCUUAUGUCACUCUUUCA